GUUGUAGAAGUGGUUACCGCUCGCCAUGCCGCAGGUUGUAGUUCGCGAUCUAUCCGACGAUCAGAGAAUGGCCCUCAUGAAGAUGAGGCGCAGUGUUGCUGAUUGCAUGACGCUUCCUUACCACGAUGAUUACUUCCUACUUCGCUGGCUGAGGGCAAGAAACUUUGAUCCUGUAGCAGCUGAAAAGAUGUUGAGGGCUUCCAUGAAGUGGAGAGAAUCAUGGGGUGUAGAAACAAUACAAGAUUGGCCCACUCCAGAGGUGUUCAAACACUAUUACCCAUGUGGUGUAUGUGGUUUUGACAAGGAUGGAUCCCCUGUGGUCAUUAUUCCCUUCUCUGGAGUGGAUAUCUGGGGUAUGCUUCACUCAGCAACUAAGGCAGAUUUCAUCAAAACCGCUAUCAAGACCUUGGAAAAAACUCUAGAAAUAGCGAGGGAGAAAUCUGAAAUACACAAUACAUAUGAGUCUACAAAACUUGUAGGAAUACUAGAUAUGUCAGAGUUCAAUCUAAAACAAUUUGCAUGGAGACCAGCUGCUGAGGCGGUAAUCAGUUUAAUACAGAUAUAUGAAGCAAAUUAUCCUGAAAUACUCAAAGCUUGUUACAUUAUUAAUGUUCCUAAAGUAUUUUCACUGGCGUUUUCUGUAGUGAAAAACUUUCUUAAUGACUAUACACUGAGUAAGAUAAGGAUUUUUAAAAGUGAUCCAAAUAAAUGGAAACCCGUGCUCCUAAGCCACAUACCUCCAGACCAACUGCCCGUGAUUUAUGGAGGCACUAUGUGCGAUCCAGAUGGGAAUCCUCGCUGCCCAUCAAAGGUGAAUCAAGGAGGCAAAAUACCAAAAUCAUUCUAUAUUAAAAACCAGAAUGAAAAAGAUAAGAAUGAAGAAUAUUCUUCUGUAACUGUAAAAAAAGGAGACAAAUUACGCUUGGACUACAGUGUUCCAGAAGGUGGUUCUUUCUUGAAAUGGGGAUUUUAUUCAGAUGAGCAUGACAUCAAAUUUGGAGUAUUAGUAAAGGAUGAUAAAGGUAAAGAAACAUCUAUCAUUCCUGUUCAUCGAGUAACAUGUAAUGAAACUGAAGAAAUUGGAGUUGUGUCAUGCCCCAAACCCGCAACAUAUACUGUUAUUUUUGAUAAUAGCUACAGCUAUUUAAGAAACAAGAAACUACAUUACACCAUAAAUGUCGUACCACCAAUCAAUGGAUCAACUGAUGUCGCAGUCAUUGAUAGUGAAGAAUAAACUAUUUGAGGUCACAAUUGGAAACAUCAGAUUAUAAUGUUUGUUUAAUAUCUAUCAUAAAUAUUUGGAAUGGAUAAUGUAAUCUACCAAUAUUAUUUUAAGACUAUUUUUAGAUAUAGCAAGUCUAAGGCUGUGAUAUUAUCCUACUACUCAUUUAUAACAUUUUAUGUAAUUCUUCUUUCUUCAAUCAUCUUGGAAGUAGUUAUAAUAGACUCUACUCGUUAAUAACUGUUACAUACCAUUGUUUACAUAUUAAGAUGUAUAAAUAUUAUUAUUCAUUAUAUGUACUAUGUUAUUAAAUGUAUUAUUUAUGAAUGGUAUAAAUUUUUAAUCUUUUCCUUGCGAGGAAGGGUGAAUUAUAAAGCAAAUCACAUGACUAUGGUCUGAGAGGAGAUGGGCUAGAAGACAAGGACAUAGCAAAUGUUACUAACUCAAAUUGAAUCAACUACUUGUCUACAUCUCAACUAACAUAAUUGAAGUCACUUUUUAGACAUUUUAAUAGCUGAACAGAGAGCGCCCAGGAAACUGAAAUAUGAAACCCAGCCAGUCAUUCUUAACAAUGAAUAAAUGCUGAUUUAUAAGAUGUUGAGGGUCCAUGGGGUUUAUAUAUUACAAAAUUAUUUGACUUUAUAUAUUUCUUCUACAUCCUAUCUAAAGAUUUUUUUUUU